AUGGCAAAAAAUGUAAGUGAGACGAUUCUCAAUAUGACAAGCACUAUGUCGGCAAUAGAAACAUCUAAUGAUCAAGGAUACAUACAAAAAAUUACUUACGGUAUUCUACAAACAUGUCAAAUAUUAUCUUUUAUUGCUUACUUUAUUGUUGGCUAUUAUUUUCUCUCUUCGCCUAAAGAUUUGAAAAAAACACUGAGUUUUCACGCCAUUUUCAUUAUACUUCUAGUGAAUUUCAUACAAUUAUCUUAUGACUUAUCCGAAGCUCUUCAAUAUUUGCAGGCAGGCAUUGUUAAGCCGUCGACCUAUGCAAAUUGUAUCAUUUGGACAUUUAUUGAUUCAAUUACAUACUAUACAAGUCUAAUUCUCAUGACAUGGGCUGCAUUCGAAAGACAUUUACUCAUUUUUUAUCCGAAUUUAUUCAAUACGCAACGACGUCGAAUUUGUUUCCAUUAUCUACCAAUGGUAAUAAUCUGUUUGUAUACAUUAUCUUACUAUUUUGCCGUUGACUUUCUAUAUCCUUGUGUUAACGCAUUUGAUUUUUCGUUAUUUAUUUGUGGUUUUGUUUGCUAUAUGAAUCUACCGACACCGAAUCUCUAUUCUAUUGAAUUGAUUUUUCAUCAAGUUGUUCCAACAAUCUUAAUUGGUUUUUUCAGUAUUGCACUAGUCGUACGAGUUAUACUAGCUCGACAACGACUGCAUCAAUCCGUUGAAUGGCAUAGAUAUCGAAAAAUGAUCAAACAACUAUUCAGUCUUUCUAGCGUGUAUUUGAUCUUUAGUACACCAUUUUCACUAAAUCCUAUUGCACAAGCUGUUGGACUGCCCAUGCCAUUUUCAUACAUUUUCUAUGCCAACGUUCUCACUUAUUGGACAUAUGGAAUCGCUAUUACUUUUCCUUUUAUUAUUUUCUUCUCAUUACCGAACAUCAGUAAAAAGUUGAAAUUGCUUUGUACUAUUCGUGAUCCACAACCAAUACAAGCACAAGCGUAG